AUGUCUCGACACGGCGACUACCGUCGCUCGACCGGGGCUCUCGACGAGGACCACUAUUCGCGUGAGCGUCACCGGCACCGUCAUCGUUCACGUGGACCCCCGGUACUUGAGCGUCCCCGACGGGUGGAAGAGGAUGAUCGCUUCGAAUAUCGCCUGCAAGAGGACGAACGUUACGGCCCCCCAGCUCGUCGCUCCGAUGUCUUCUACGAGGAUGACCAUCUAGUCUAUUCUCCCGGCCCCCUGGUAACCUAUCAGCGCCGCCAUGCGGAGAGCCCUCCGCGGCCCCGUCCUCGCAUGACGCGCCGCCAGUCCUCCCUCGACACCUUCGAUCGCGUCCCGUCGCGCAAGGUCGACGAAUACUACUAUAGCGACUACCCCCCGCGCGCACCCCCCAGUCCCCCUCCACCUCCCAUCAGGCGGGGUUCCUUCCAUCGAGCGCGCGAGCCGGACUACUAUGAGGAAAUACGCAUUGCCGAGCCCGAAUACUAUGGCGACGAAGAGUACCGGGAGUUCCGUGAACGAGAUCGGAUUGUCGAACGCCCGCGACGCUCCGCGAGUCGCUUCCGUGAGAGAAUGGUAGAGGAAGUUGACGUUGAGAAGCCAUACCCCCGAAAGGGCAAGACCCGUAUGCCUCGCAAGCUCGCCCAUACCAGCGCGAUCCGCGAGUUUGGCUACCCCUACGAGGAAGAGGGGAGCAUGAUUAUCAUCCAGGUGGCCCUGUCUAAGGAGCAGAUUGACGCAGUCAUCAGUCGGAGUCGCGAGAUCAAGCGCAUGACCGAAACUCGCAUUAUACAUACCUCGUCGUCUCCCGUCCGUGAGAAACGCCGGGAGCGCACGGUAGAGCGAAUCGCCAUGGAGAGCUACACCCCCCGGUCGAGCCAUGAGACGUUGCUCAUCGAACCGUCUCCUUCACGGCACCGAUCCCGAUCGCGCCACCAUCACGACGAGCUCUCGGAGAAGCGAGUGACAAGGACGGUCUCCCGGACGCGCGGGCUGUCGGUCCACAGUCGCCCUCGCCGCCGGUCAUCGCCCGUGCGUAGGGUCGAGCGGUAUGAAGAUGUAGGGCAUUCCAGCAAGGUCCAUGCCGGUCCGAUGGCGAUUGUUGUCCGCCCGCGCGACAGCGACAGCGACGACGAUCUGCGGGAGUACACGCGAAUCGAGCGACGUGGCGGUGGGGAAGUGAUCCGAGACACGGAGUUCAUUGGCGACGGCGAAGAGGAGGAGAUCCUUGAGGUGCGAAAGGAGCGCAAAGUAGCGACUCACAACAUGGACAAGUUCCAAGCCUUCGGAAAGAACCUCAGCGCGAGCUUCUCGCCCUUUGCUGCGCGCACGCAGCAGAUGAUCAAGGAGCAGCUUGGCCAGGCCGAGGAACGCACUCAGCUUCCCGAUGAGUACAUCGAGUUGGAGAAGCGCGUGGAUGCCCUGAAGAUCGUUCACCAGAAGCUCCUCCAGGUGACUUCCCAAUACUCCAACGAAGCCUAUGACUACCCCCCCAACAUCCGCGAAUCGUUCAACGAUCUGGGUCGCACCAUCAACGAGAAGGUCGCCCUCCUGUCGCAGGCCUCCUCGCCCGCCGAGGCCCAGGCCGCCCUGACUGCCCCUCCCUCGGCCAAGCCCCAGCCCAAGACCUUCAACCACGCCAUUGCCCGCGCCUCCCUGGCCGGGUCCCAGACACUGGCGCAGAACUCCCGCAACGAGGAACCCCUCGCCACUGCGCUGGAGAAGUACGCUCUCGCCUCGGAGAAGGUGGGCGAGGCUCGUCUGGCCCAGGACGCCCAGAUCCAGUCGCGCUUCCUGGCGGGAUGGAACACCACGCUGAACACAAACUUGAUGUUCGCCGCGAAGGCGCGUAAGAAUGUCGAGAACGCGCGUCUGAUGCUGGACUCCGUCAAGGCUAGCAAGAAGGCUGCGGCCCGCGGUGACUGGGAUAACUUGAGCGAGGAGGCUCGUGCGGAGAUCGAGCAGGCGGAGGAUGAGUUUGUCGGACAGACUGAGGAGGCUGUGAGCGUGAUGAAGAAUGUCCUUGACACUCCGGAACCCCUGCGCAACCUGGCCGAUCUGAUCGCGGCGCAGCUAGAGUACCACAAGCGGGCGUAUGAGAUACUCAGCGAGCUGGCUCCUGUUGUCGAUGGCUUGCAGGUGGAGCAAGAGGCGAGCUACCGGAAGAGCCGUGAGGGAGCGUGAUUCGGGUCCAGUAGGCUUUAUUUGCUGCUCUUCUGUCGUCCUUGAUAAUGCUGCCAUCAGUAUUGUUGUUCUUGUUACGUUUUCUCCUGUGAUUGGACACCUAGCCUCUUUUACCCUGCCCUCAUCCCUUUGCCUUGUGUGAAAUUGUUUGAUAUCCCUCGAUGUGUGGAUCUGCUGGGUUAGUUGACUGCUUGAUGCGUAUGGUACUAGCCUGAAUCCAACCCGGAUACUGUAGAUAAAUACCACUCUUAAGCGUAUAUACAGCUGUGGAUAUUUCUAUCCACGGCAAAUAGAGUGGUAGACAUGCC